AUGAAUCAGUCUUUGCAAGGAUUCGCCGUGGCACCUUGCUCGGUAGCCUCGCAAAAGCAAGAUGUUUUCGCAGAGACGAAGAAAGAACCCCUUCUAGCACACCACGCAGAGCAGUUCUUCUUCCAGGAUGAACUUGCCCUCCUUGUAUUUCUCGCUGGCCUCGUACGCCUUGUCGUAUUUCCAUCCUACCGUUUCUCUGCACUGCCGACAGGCGAUGUCCCGCACAAUAUGCCGACCGGUCGUCAUGCUACGCUCGACAGCCUCAGACUGCGUUAUGUUCACGACGUUAUUGAAAAGGAGCAGGCAAGCAAGCAAACGACGAGAGGGGGGACUCACCCGACUGAUGAUAUCAUCGUAGUCAGCAAGGUGCGUUUUGCACUGCUUGCAUCCGAAGAUUUUGUUGGAGGUGAGGUACACGUUGUAUGCAAGACCCAUUAUGAUCUUUCCUCGGCGUUCUUCCCGCUGCCGCCCGUUGAGGGUACGCCCUGGUAUGUGAGCUCGAACAAGUCCAAGGUAGGAGCAGGUGAUCGUGGAAUCGAUCCAAAGGUUUAUGUGGCAGAGGGGAAAAGAACAAGAAAAGUGGGUUUCUUCUUCUGGAAGUUCCUUCUCGCCUGA